AUGUUAACAAACUAUCCGAAUUCUCCAGCUUGCCAGUGCAAUAAUCACACUUCAACAUGCAUUUUCGACAUCAACCUCUAUCGCAAAUCCGGCGGGCGAUCUGGUGGUGUCUGCUUGAGUUGUGGACAUAAUACCGAAGGCGUCCACUGUCAGGAAUGUAUCGCCGGUUACACCAGACGCUCUGAAUAUUCCAUAUUCUCACCCAACGCUUGUCAAGGUUAA